CUGUCAUUAGACGGUCUUUGUAGUCCUCCUGUCAUUAGACGGUCUUUGUAGUCCUCUUCUCCCCGGUGACACCGUGUGUCGGUGGUUGUGUCUCAGGUGUCGGUGGUUGUCGGGUCCACAUGUCCUCCGUGGGGACCGGACCGGCGGAGGCUCUGCUGACAUCGGGCCGCCGGGUCGGAGGAUGGAGCGGAGGUCCCGGCUCCUCUGGCUCCUCUGGCCGGGCCUGCUCUCCGUCCUGGCUGUGCUGGUGAGCGGCCACGGGACCUGCAGGCACCGCAACCCGACCCGCGACGAGGUUGUCCAUCAUGUGCACCUGAAGCCCGACCGGCUGACGAAGAGGAGCUCCCCUGACGACCUUCAGCUGAAGAUAAAGAUCAUCUACGACUACAGCGUGGACCGGCUUCCUGCAGACGAGAGGAGGCUGGUGAAGGAUAAGCUGUUUCCUCAGGCCAUCGAUUACCUGCAGAGGGCCUUCAGUGUGCGGCGCAGGGUGGGUCCAGUGCUGCUCAGCAGACAAUGUGCCACCAACCAGUACCUGAGGAAGAGAGAUGACCCUCAUCGCUACUGCCAGGACGCCUGUGCCGACGUCACCCGGUGCGGCCCCGUCGUUGUACCACAGCACCACCUGCAGCAAUGCAAAGUGUGCAGUGAAUCAGGGAAGUCUUGUGGCCCCCUGGGGCCCCCGGACGGCCCCGGAGUGGAAGGGUCCGACUUCGUGCUCUACGUCAGCGGCGUCACCACGGAGCGCUGUGGUCAGGAGAACAUAGUGGCCUACGCUGCUUACUGCCAGCUGGAGGCAGAGCUGGACAGACCGAUAGCGGGCUACGCCAACCUGUGUCCUGCUAUGAUCUCCUCUCAGCCUCAGGAGUUUGAAGGGAUGCUCUCCACCGUCAAACAUGAGAUCAUCCACGCUCUGGGUUUCUCAGCCGGUCUGUUCGCCUUCUACCACGACGACGACGGCAAACCUCUGACGCCUCGCUUCACCAGCGGCCUGCCCGCCUUCAACGAGAGUCUGGGUCUGUACCAGUGGAGCGAGGCGGUGAUCAGGAGGGUCAGCCGGCUGUGGGACAUCAGAGGAGGAGUGAUGGUCCGACACCAAGUCCACGUCCUCGUCACUCCUCGAGUCGUGGAGGAGGCCAGGAGACACUUUAACUGUCCCAUCCUGGAGGGGAUGGAGCUGGAGAACCAGGGAGGGACGGGGACCGAGCUGAACCACUGGGAGAAGAGACUGCUGGAGAACGAGGCGAUGACGGGCUCUCACACACAGAACCGGGUGUUCUCCCGGCUCACGCUGGCCCUCAUGGAGGACAGCGGCUGGUACCGGGCCAACUACAGCCUGGCUCAGAGGCUGGACUGGGGCCGCGGCCUCGGCUGCGACUUCGUCAUGAAGAGCUGCAAGUUCUGGAUGGACCGACAGAGACAGAGGCGCCACUCUGUGACUCCGUACUGCGACACGGUGAGAGCGUCUCCUCUGCAGCUCACCUGCAGACAGGACCAGCUGGCUGUGGCCGUCUGCAACCUGCAGAAAUACCAGCAGGAGCUCCCACUGGAGUACCAGUACUUUGAGAGGAUCCCAGACGUGUCCUCGGAUCAGCUGCCGAUGUUCGGCGGCGCCGUGGAGAUCGCCGACUACUGUCCCUUCAGUCAGGAGUUCAGCUGGCACCUGAGUGGAGAAUACCAGAGGAACUCGUACUGCAGAGUGACAGAGAACCAGCCAGACUGGUGGAGGAACUACGGAGCGGAGCAGUACGGACCGGACUCUGUGUGUCUGUACCAGAAGUCGGCCUUCAUCAUGGAGCAGUGCACCAGGAAGAUGACGUAUCCGGACUGGGGCUCCGGCUGCUACAAGGUGCGCUGCUGGUCUCAGGGUCUGGUGGUUCUGGUUCAGGAUCAGUCCUUCCUCUGCGUGCGUAGAGGUCAGCAGCUGAGCGUCAGCGUGCGGGUCAACGACUGGGUUUAUAACGGCGUGCUGGUCUGCCCCGCCUGCUCCGACUUCUGUGACGACUGCCCCCUCCCCCACCAGCUGCCCCCCCUCAACGCCUCCAGGAGCAACCCCAUUGACCCCUGCUCCAGUUCUCCCGGUCUGGUCGUCACUCUGUGGCUCCUGCUGCUCAACCUGCUCCCCCUGGUGGCCGGACUGCUGCUCUGCCACCGCAGCUGAUGAUAUCUGGAGUCCUCUGUGGAUCUUCAUCCUUCUUCUUCUUUGUUUCAUUCCUGAAGAACAACAGGAAGUCAGAUCCUGUUUUGGACCUGAUCUGUCUUCUGAUUGGCUGUUGGAGCAGCUGAACCGUGUUUCCUCCUUCGUUCUGUCGCGGUCGUAGAUGGAGACGGACCAGGAGGAACCGUAGCAGAGUCGUCGCCUGGUGCUCAUUAAACCCUCUCGCGUGUUUCUACGUCCGGACGGUUUGAAAGCGACAAACUCUUAUUUUAUAGAACCAGACUUUUAAGCUGAAAGGUCAGCGUACUUCCUGUCAACGAGACGUUGGCAGCACCACAUAAACGUUUGCGUUUUAAUAUUUCAAACCAUAAAACUUGUGAUGUAAAUAUGAAAAUGAUUCUUUGACACUGAGAAGCACUUCCUGGUUUUAGAAUGAUUAUUUAUGUGACAAACAGACGAAUGUUCAGCAGCAGAGACGUGAGGGGUCCUGGGGGUCAAAGGUCAUCAACAAGACAUCUAAGGUGCUGUGAUGUUAUAUAAUAAUGAAGUCCACAAGGAGAGCUCUUCUUCCAUCAGAGUAGAGAGGACUCAGUGAUGAACGGUGACUGUCAUAAAGAAAGAGAACACUAUGAGCUCUACAUUUAGAAACUUUAGGACUCGUUAAGCUGACGGUCUAUCCAGAGAACAGUGGAACAUCUUUAACAUUCUUUAAGUUCUUCAUUUAGGAAGUUUUAGUAUCGGACGUCAUGUGACAUCUCUCUAUUUCUGAUCAAUACGACCGACUGCUGCUGCUCAUGUCUUUGUUAUUUUUCCUGUUUUUGUUGUGAAUGAAUGGAGCAGAAGAAGAAUCCUGGUGGAGCAGUGUGAGUGCAUUGAUCGAUCAGCUGAUCAGAUUGUGUUUGAAACCAGGCGGUUGUGGAACAUUCAUACGAACAAAGCUGACGGAGAGAAUCAGAAAAAUAGAAACACGGCUCCAUCUCUGUCAGGACGGAGACCAACGUGUUAUAAGAAUUGUAUUAAAUUAUAUUUAAACACAUAUGAUGAUGAUGAUGAUGAAGGAUUGAGGAGUUUUGUUCAGUUGAUCAUUUCUAUAAUGAAGAAAAGUCACCUCUGAAGUCUGCACAGAGCAGUGCAUCAUGGGGGAUUGUUUUUAAAGUAGUGCGAGUUCAGCUGAGGUUCAUUUACUUUACUGUGUGGUGAAGGUUUGGAUAGAUGAUGAUGAUGAUGAAACAAAGUGUUUCAGGUUGUUUUGUAUCAGGUUGACAUUUAUGACAAAACGAUCAGCAACAUUUCUUUAUUUACAUGUUUGAGCCGUCUGUUUCAUCCUGAGCUUUGAGGGCUGCAUUCCAACAUGUUCUGUUUUAACAUCACUUCUUAGUUUUAAAUCUGAGGAAACAAAAAAAUAUUAAAAGAUUGAUUUUAUGAAUCGAUAUCGGAUCCUUUAAAUAAAGAU